UCCACCGGUACCGGACACAUACAUAUGCAUGAUCAAAAGUCUCUCUGUACAGACAAUGUGGAACGAGGUCACGAUCAUCCCGAUGCAUCGGCGGCAGCGGUGGCCGCCUUGCCCUCUGAGCUGGCAGGGGCUGCCCUGACCUCCUGCGCUAUACCAAGCCUGCAACAUACACACACAGACAGGCAAGUGAAGUCCUUUGUGCAGUGCAUGAAUCAGCUGCUUGUCUGGUUCCUUACUGUUGCUUGACUUUGAGGAGCUCCCCGCUCGCCUUCUCCUGCUGCUUCUCCAACGUGUGGAUGGCGUUGCCGAUCUGAAAACAUGACGGCCAAUCGCUCGGAUUCCCAUCAAUGGCACCUCGCUGGCUGGGUGGCUGACCUGGUUGAUGCUGUCUUCAAUCUGCGGCCGUAUCUCGGCCACAGUGCGCUCCACGAGCACCCCGCCAAUCAUUCUGAAGCAUCGGCGCGUCGGCUCUACAUUCUCGAACGCUUGAAUCACCAACCUGCACAGCCAUUCAUUCAUCCACUCACCAGAGAACAGCCCGUCGGUUUGCGUGUCAUCGCCGCAGGUAUUUCUGUGUUCUUCUGACCUGUGUUCGCUCCUCUGCUGCUCCAGCUCCUGCAUCUUCAUGAUGAUGUCGUGGCGCUCCUUCUCCAACUCCUGCAGACGCUGGACGACCGCAGGAUCUUGACCCUUCUGCCCACUCGCCAUCGCCAACUCGCACAGAUCUCACUAAUGCCCAGCCGUUUCACUCACAAGAGGUCUGCUGCGGCCUCCAUCCGUUCGUUUCCCUUCCCUUUGCC